AUGUCGGGCGUGUGGACAAGUGGGCCUAGGAGCUGGGAUGGAACCGUUCUAAUGCUCAUGAAGUGGCUAAAGUAUGCUCAGGCGUACCGAGCUAUACCUAAGGACGUGUUCGGCGACGAUGCUGCCGUGAAAGUACGAAUAGACAAGAAAAAGGCAGAAGAGACAUUGUCGUUCAUGAAGACGCUAUACCGGAAAGAAGACACGAAGGGUCUCGCUGUCACACUGGAGCAGUCUGGCUCAGAUUGUAGAAGUGGCGGAAGAUCUAUCGGUUGGUGUGAGAGUCCGAAGUCGAACACGAGUCCUUGA